AUGGGGAAAAUCCAGUCCAGGCACGCCUUCAAGCGAAGAGAGAGCCCGGAAGGGGACAGUAUCGUGGUGUCUGCGUACAUGGGCGGCCGCAGAGGCGCAGAGGAGGCGGAGCGGCGGGGCUGCGCGGAGCACGGCGCCAGGGACAAGCAGGAGCUGCUGGGCGGGGACCCCAGGGAAGGGCCUUUCCGCGAUGACCAGUGUCCCUUUGAGGUGGUGCUGCCUCCUGAGAAGGCCGAGGCCCGCGAGGGGCCAGGACAGCUCUUCUGCAUGGAUGAUGGAGAGAGAGCGGCUGGCCGCGAGGGCGCCCGCGGGCUGGGCAAGCGGCGCCUGAAUGUGGAUGCAGUCCAGUGUGACGUGUCGGUGGAGGAGGACAAUCACCAGGAGUGGACCUUCACGCUCUAUGGCUUCGACAACAGCGGGAAGGCAACCAGAGAGGACAUGUCCAGCCUGAUGCACACCAUCUAUGAAGUCGUCGACGCUUCAGUCCACCACUGCUCGGGCAGCAGCAAGACUCUCCGUGUGAAGCUGACCGUCAGCCCUGAGCCGUCCAGCAAGAGGAAGGACGGGCCCCCUGCUGCCCAGGACCGUGAGCCCAGUCGCUGCAGGACAGAGGCGGAGCUCAGUGAGGACCCCAGGGUGGCUGACAGGAGGCUGUCCACACACGUCCGGAGGCCCAACGCCGACCCCCACCCCUGCUCGGAGCGGGGUCCCUACUGCGUGGAUGAAAACACGGAGCGGAGGAACCACUACCUGGACCUGGCCGGAAUCGAGAACUACGCGUCCAAGUUCGGGCCAGGGUCCCCCCCGACGCAGGCCCGGCCGGAGCCCCCCGCCAGGGCCUCACACCCGCAGGGCCGGUCCCGCUCACAGGAGUCAGACGCGCACGCCGCCCACCAUCGCCGCUGCCCGGGGCUGGCCGAGCUCGCCCUGCCGGCCGCUGAGCUGCCGCCCCGGGCCCUGGACCUGCCGCCCCGGCCAAAGGGCCCCGAGCGGCCGCUCCUGAGGUCCCCCCAGGGCUCGGGCCGGCCCCCAGGCGUGCCCAGCGGGCUCAGGCCCGGGCGGUCCUUCAGCUUCCACCCGCCUGCGCCCCUGCCGCAGGCACCCCCGGAGGCCCACCCCGUCCCGCAGCCGCCGCCCCCGCCCUACGGCCACCGGCGGUGCCGGCAGCGGGCGCGGGAGGGCCACUCGCCGCUGAAGGCCGCGCCCGGCCCGCCGGCGGCACUGGAGCAGGAGCUGCCGCCCGCGCUCCUGGGCGAGGCCUUCCCGGGGCCGGCCGUGCAGAGGCACGAGCACCACCACCACCACGAGCACCACCACCACCACCACCACCACCACCACCCGGCCUAG